GUCUUUUGAUUCGAUGUGUGUCGGUUCGUUUCUUGGCGGACUCUGCAGAGGGAGUUGAGAGAAGAAGGACUUCGCCGAGCGCCAUACACUUUAUUUUUUUUUCUAGUACCGUUGCGCACUCGCCCUUCAACCUGCACACCUCCGCAGGAGUACUGUCGAGCUGAAUUGAAGCGGUUGCACGCACACUUGAAGGUUACGUGACGCGACGCACAUUUGUACCACCUCGUGUAAUCGGAUUUCUUCACGCUUUUCCUUAGGCAGAAAGACUCCAGCUAUAUAAGGUGCGAUUCAUCGCCUGACAAUGCCGAUUUCUACUGCUUGGGCGGAUGCUUAUCACGCCGCGUGCUGCGCCGUUGGCGCAGAGGUGAGAGAAGAUCUGCGCGGCACCGGCUGCACCGGCGCCUUGACGGUACGCGGCAACACCUUCAACAACUUCAACCGUCGUCUGGAGGACAAGGACGUGGAGGCGGUCGUCGUCGCGUUGCGUGAGUUCCGCGGUGUGUCCUCUAUCUGCCUCCCGUUCAACAAUAUAUCUGACCGCGGUGGUGCGCUGCUGGGGGAGGCUCUCGCCCAAUACGCCGACUCUCUCGUGCGGCUCGACCUGCAGUACAACAGCCUUGGAUCGGCGGCCGCGGAGGCGCUGGCACGGGGAGUGGAGAGCAACGACUCCCUCUGCGCCUUGUUGCUUGCCGGCAAUCCGCUGGGUGGACAGUGCGGACUCGCACUCCAUGCCGCGCUGCGGCACAACACGACGUUGAGCGUCCUCGACCUGUACAACACUGAGAUGAGUGUGCAGUCCCUCGUGCCGCUCUGCCGCUCGCUGGGGGCAAAUCGUAGUCUUAUCUCGCUCAACAUCGGGCGGCCGCUGCUGCGGGGACCGGACGAGGUGGCAAGCGUGGUGGACCACCUUUCCACGGCGCUGAAGAGCAACAGCACGCUGGAGGAGCUCAACGUGAGUUACUUUGGCAUGACCGAUGGCGAGCUUCAGGCGCUGGUCGUGGCCUUGUGCGCGUCUGCUGUGAUGACACUGAGCUUGAAGGGGAACAAGCUGUCGGAGGACGCCGGGCUGCUGCUGACGCGACUGCUGGAGCGGAGACACGACUUCCGACAGUUAGAUGUGAGCUGCAAUCGUCUGCGUGACAAAGGCGCGUGCGAUCUUGCCAAGGGCGUCGCGCAGCAUCCUCAACUCGCCUCGCUCAGUGUGGCGAGCUGCACGAUAGGAGAGGUGGGUCUCGCUCGCUUAAUAGAAAGCCUGUGCAGCUGUGCGGCGCUGCAGCAGCUUGCAUUGUGGGGCAACAGCAUCACACCCGGCGUUGCGCAGACCCUGUCGCGAACGUUUGGUGAUCUGCGCAAGAUGGAGAGCGUGGACUUUGGGGUUGAACAGCGCGAUGGGGAGUGGAUGGCCUACCGCAGCUGA